AUGAGUGAUGUGGCCAAAAGUUCAUCAAAAAUGUUAAAUUGUUUUGAUAUUCUUCAAGACAUAUUUUUAUUUUUUAGUAAAAGUGCUCCUAGAUGGGCUUCUCUGGCGCUAGGCGAUGAUGUAGCAAAAACUGUCUUAAAAAAACAUCGCUACAGAGAUGUCUUAAAAUCUUUAACGAAUAUAACGCUAACAAGUGACAAGAAAGAAGAAAUGAAUAGAGCUAAAGGUCUAAAAAAGAAGCUGGAAUCUUUUGAGUUUGUGCUAAUACUUACUAUAUGGGAACACAUUUUAAGACCAUUUUAUAUGGUAGAUGGAGACAAAAGACAAGAUAUAACCGAAGAAAACCUCAGAGUGAAAGUAUUUUUGCCAUUGAUUGAUACAGCUUUGGUUCAGCUGAAUAAUCGCUUUAUAGGUUUACAGAAAGUAGUUGAUAAAUUCAACUUUUUAAAUCCACAUGUAAUUCUACAAUCUAGCGAAGAUAACCUUGUCAAGGCUACUUAUGACUUUAUUUUGUACUACGAGAAAGAUAUAAGUUCAGAUUUUACGAGACAGAUGUUAUCUUUAAAGGAAGCAAGAAAAAAAAAUUGUUGUAAAUAA